ACUCCACUUCCCUUCUUGAUAGCCUUGCAAGUCAAGGUUCUAGCAGAUCAUAUAAUCCAACCACACACACUAAAUACACUUAUAUCACUCCCUUCCCGUACUUUGGUUUCUCCGUUUCUGAAAGGUGAAGAAAGAUAAGAAGAAACAACUCUUCUGGAUAGCUGUUUUGGUUCUGGGAUUCCAGUAAAACGAGUUGCUUGAUUGAAAUCUUGAUGGUCUUUUGAAGGAAAAGAGAAGAGGAAAAAGAGAUGGAGGCACAGUACAUAUGUAGAUACCACAGGCACCAGCCCAAAGACAACCAGUGCUCUUCCUCAGUUGUUAAGCACAUCAAAGCACCUGUUGACAUUGUUUGGUCACUGGUUAGGAGGUUUGAUCAGCCACAGAAGUACAAGCCCUUUGUUAGCCGGUGCACCGUGCAGGGUGAUCUGAAGAUUGGGAGUGUCCGAGAGGUGAACGUGAAAACAGGACUUCCAGCCACGACCAGCACCGAAAUGCUGGAACUGCUGGACGAUCAGGAGCAUAUUCUUGGUGUCAAAUUCGUUGGUGGUGAUCACAGGCUAAAAAAUUACUCAUCAAUCACUACUGUCCACCCUGAGAUAAUCAAUGGUAGGCCGGUAACUCUAGUCAUCGAGUCAUUUGUGGUGGACGUGCCUGAGGGGAAUACUCAAGACGAGACAUGCUACUUUGUGAACGCUCUCAUCAACUGCAACCUCAAGUCUUUGGCCGACGUCUCAGAAAGAAUGGCAAUGCAGGGCCCGUCCUCAACCCGUUAAAAGGACUAUAAGUCUUCACAUGACAUGAUAGUACCUUAAAAAGUAAUUUAGCCCAGUUAAGCCAUUCUGUUCUGAUCAUCUUUGAGAGAUUGGUUGGGUUGUCUUUCAUGGCUCUGUGCUAGCCUUUUAAAAGCCUCCUUAGACUGGAGAAGUCGUUUUGUAGUAUAUUAAGGUUGAAAGUAAUGUACCACUGUGUGUAUGAAAAUUGCUGGUUAAAAACAUCUAAACGUUUGACAACUUUGUCGCCUUUUCAAAGGCUAUGUAUGUGUACGUAGUGUAGUGUAUACUUCUUCUGUGUCGUGUGUAAAUAAUGCGAUGAUGCUUUUGUUAUUUGGGUU